GUGGCAUCUCACAAAACUCUAUGCAAGUUUUCACAUAUCAAAUCCAAUAAUAAAUAUUGAUGAUAAAUGUGGUAGUUCUCCCACCCUCAUCAAAAUUCUAUAAAUGCUCCCACUUUCACUUUAUGUAUUGUUCCAUUAUCACUUUACUCCCCUCUCUUUAAUCCUCUUGUGGUCCAUUUUUGUGCUACACACAUUUUCCUCUUCUUGAAACAUUGACAUUGGCCAUGGCUAGAUUAGUUGUUGUUUUCAUCUUGGUCCUCAUUGCAAUUUCCAUGCUUCAAACGGUGGUCAUGGCUUCUCAUGGACAUGGAGGCCAUCACUACAAUGACAAGAAAAAAUAUGGACCUGGAAGUCUUAAGAGUUACCAAUGCCCAUCUCAAUGCUCAAGGAGAUGCAAAAAUACUCAAUAUCACAAGCCAUGCAUGUUCUUUUGUCAAAAGUGUUGUAACAAAUGCUUGUGUGUGCCCCCGGGGUAUUAUGGGAACAAAGCUGUAUGCCCUUGCUACAACAAUUGGAAGACUCAACAAGGAGGACCAAAAUGCCCUUAAGCUUGUUCUUCAUCAAAUUAAAUUAACAAAUACUAUAACUAAACUACAUGUCUUUCUUAUAAUAUGUGUUUCACUUGUUUUUUUUUCUUAACAACAUUACACGAUCUUAUUAGUUCUCUAUGUAACACUAUCUUGUUGAAUUGAGGAUGUCCUGGAACAUUCGUUAAUAUUUCUCUUAUAUUAUAUGGUUUUAAAAGA